UCAGAUAUCCGUGACACGGUGAAGUACAAAGAAGUCAUGAAACAAUAUGGACUUGGGCCAAACGGUGGCAUAGUGACCUCACUCAAUCUCUUUGCUACCAGAUUUGAUCAGGUGAUGAAAUUUAUCGAGAAGGCCCAGAACACAUUCAGAUAUGUUUUGAUUGACACACCUGGACAGAUUGAAGUGUUCACCUGGUCAGCUUCUGGGACCAUCAUCACCGAGGCCCUGGCUUCCUCAUUUCCAACAGUGGUCAUCUAUGUGAUGGACACAUCCCGAAGUACUAACCCGGUGACCUUCAUGUCCAAUAUGCUGUAUGCAUGCAGCAUCUUGUACAAAACCAAGCUGCCUUUCAUUGUGGUCAUGAACAAAACCGACAUCAUCGACCACAGCUUUGCAGUGGAGUGGAUGCAGGACUUUGAGGCUUUCCAAGAUGCCUUGAACCAAGAGACUACCUACGUCAGUAACCUGACUCGCUCCAUGAGCCUGGUGUUGGAUGAGUUUUACAGCUCCCUCCGGGUGGUGGGCGUCUCUGCGGUGGUGGGCACCGGCUUCGAUGACCUCUGUGCUCAAGUGGCUGGCGCUGCCGAAGAGUAUGAAAGGGAAUAUCGGCCUGAAUACGAGCGCCUGAAGAAAUCACUGGCGAGUGCGCAGAGUGAUCAGCAGAAGGAGCAGCUGGAGCGUCUUCGGAAGGACAUGGGCUCUGUAGCCCUGGACACAGGGACCGGCAAAGACAGUGUCUCUCCUGUGCUGGACCCUUCUGACUUGAUCCUGACUCGAGGAACCUUGGAUGAAGAGGAUGAGGAGGCUGAGAGUGACACGGAUGACAUUGACCACAGAGUUACAGAGGAAAGCCGUGAAGAGCCAGCGUUCCAGAACUUCAUGCAAGAAUCAAUGGCACAACAUUGGAAGAGAAACAAGUAGCCCAUCCCACUUGUUCCCGAGUCUGACGUGCUGGGUCUUCACAGAGAGGUCCUUCCUGGGAGUCAGGGCUGCAGGCAGGAGCAGUUUCUCCAGGAUAGUGACUUCUUUGAGGGAUGAAGUCAGGGUUGAAGGUGGAGCUGGCAGGUGGGUGCCCAUCCUUGGGAACUUCUCCUGGUAUUUAUACAAGGAAGUGUAUUCUCACUGCUUUGGAAGCUGAUAACUGUUGAGCCUAAAAUUUGGAGUUGUAUCGUUUGAACUCCCGUACUUUGGCUGCUGAUGGGACGGGUCUGAAGACAACUUUGGAUCUUGACCAGGCUGGACCAUGGACUGUGCUUUUGCCCCUGCUCCUCAAGUUGCUGUUCUUAAACAGGAUGGGAGGGGACAACCUCGAACAGAGGGGCAGUGCAGUGCCCUUGGUAGCCAGAGCUGGUAUGAGAUGUGCUCACACGAGGUAAUAUUAUCGAGUCCUGUUUGAAGGGUGACUUGGAUAAAGUUUUUAACUUUGUGGUAAA